AUGGGUCGGUGGUCCCACGGGCUGAAAGAGGGAGAAAAGACUACAGAGCAACUGCUUAAAAAUACUAAGGAAGUAUUUUUGAAAACAUUAAAUAUAAAUAUUCAAGAUUGUGAAAUAAACAAGAUUUAUCGUAUAGGGAAAGAAAUCAAAGGUAACAAACCUAGGCCGACACUCUUAUCCUUUGUUAGUGGAUUGAAAAAAAACGAGAUAUUAAGGAAUAAGAAGAAGUCGAAGGAAAUAACAUUCACAGAAGACUACUCUAAAGAUAUUUUAGAAAAGAGGAAAGCACUAAUACCACAAUUAACAGAAGAAAGAAAUAAAGGCAAAAUCGCUUACCUAAAAUACGAUCAACUCAUAAUAAAGGAAAAAUCAAACACAUAUUAUGAGAAAAGAAAAAGGGAGGUAUCUACUUCUCCGCAAUACUCUCAGCCAAAAAAACAACAAAUUUCAUCUUCAUCGAAGGAGAUAGUGAACGUAUAUGACAUGAUGAGAGCUAGGUCCAACUCUCUUACCUCUACAACCUGUUCAAGAGACAAAAAAUCAUAG